AGCGCUGGAGCCACAGCGUCCAACAGAGCGCCCGGUCACACGCAUCGUCGCGGUGGGCGCGUCGGCACUGGCGCUAAAGGUGGUUACAUCUGUACACUGCGGCUUCCGUCACUGAACGGACAGUCUUUGCUUGCGACCAUCACGACCUAGGUACGGAAGGAGACCUCCAGUGACCUGGCGGUAUUAUCUUCAGGCAUGCCGUUGAAAAUUAAGAUCCCGAAGCAAUCCUCGCAGGCUCCGGAGUCGUCACAAUCCGCGAAGCCGAGUAAACGGCGGGUGGACUCCGAUUUAGAUGACGAUUACUCGCGAGAGGCGACAGAAGAGCCUGUUCGCCCUCGACCGAAGAGGUCCAGGACAUACGAGAGCAAUGGGGCUGAUGAGGGGGCUGUACAAGAGGGGGGAGACGAAGCGGAUAUCAACGUGGAUGUUGUAGGCGAUGAGCAGGUGCCACGCGCAACAAAGCGCGAUCCUUCCUCAUCGACGUCCCCGCCACCGACCAAGACUUCGAGGAGGAGCUCAAAGUCGACGACGUCGGACCGGAGAGGGAGUACAGCGGGCUCGAGCAAGCCGAAGCGGAAGACACGGCAGGUCGUUUGGACUGACGAUGAAGAUGACGAUGUGGAUCCCCUCGGUCUCACCGCCAUGGAUCCGGACGACGAUGAGUUCGAGCCCGAGCCCUCCGUCUCCAAACGCAGUUCGGGGAAGACGAAAGCUGCGAAAGGGGGCGCCAGGUCCAGUCGUACCAAGGCGAAGGUGGAGGAGAAAGAGAUAGUUAUCCGGGACGAACGUAAGCUCCCUCCCCCAGACCCACCAGCGCCCAAGGAGAAGCCCUCCACGUCUCGCAUACCUCUGAAGCGCCCCCCAUCCUCUGAGGAUGCGGAGGUCCCUGUCGAAAGCUCGGCAGCUACUGGGACAAGCGUGCCAGAUGACCCUGCGUUGAAGGCCGAGGAUGCGGAACCGCCGCCUCCCAAGAAACGCAAACUACCUCCGAUCAAGAAGAACAAGACUUCCACUGGGCCUUCAACUCCUGCUCCUGCUAAACCACCGACUGCUGUGUCCAAGGUGGACAGUAGCACGCCUGCCAAAGACCCGAACGGGCCCGUGGGCGUGGCGGCGAGAAAGCCUGCGGCAGCCAUGGGCGCCGCAGACUUCGACUUGCGAGAUGCGAGCGUGUAUGCGUCCCUGUUCAACAAGCCUGUUAAGCAGAUGCCUGAUUCGGGGCUCAACCGAAGGCAAAGAGAGGAAGACCGAAGGAGAUAUCUCAACAAGUUGCGCGACGAGGCGAGAGCGAAACGGACCGAGGAAGUUAAACGCGCAUUCGACUUGCAAGCCCCGCAUGACAAGAUCAUGCGUUUCGAAGAGAAGUUACGUGCGCACAACUCGAUUGCGUUGUAUCCCAACGUGUUGGGCGCGUUCUGGAAAGACCCGCGACGAUAGUCCUUCAAUGCCGGUGGCACUACAUGUACAACACUGCUAAUCUGCAUCGGAU